CCUAUCUCUCUCCCCUACUACACAGACUUCAACGUCGAUACACGAUGAGACCAACUAAACUCAAUAUAAAAAUCCUGAUCAUACUCGUAGUCUUUGUCCUAGCCUUGGUUCGAGUCAGCUGUUGGUUUAUCAGACAAGACGAUGGAUUCAAAUCCGUGGAUUUUCUGGAUGAGGAAUACAACGAUGGGAGCGAAUCAGACGGAACGCAGGGCUCAGAAAUCGGCGGAACCUUCGGGGAGGAGAACAGUGAUAGCAGGGAAGUUGACUAUGAAUUCGAUGAAAGAAAUUCAGACUUUGACGAUACCAAGAGUGGUGCUAUAAAGUCCAACAACUCCGAGGAGUAUUAUUACGAUGCGAGUGAAGGGAAAGGCAGAGAGAUUCGAAAAGAGUGGUCUGUGGACUCCGAAGAGACUAUUGAGACUAGUUUGAAAAAUAACGCAACGAAUUUCGUUUCUCCGCCGCGGGUCGCCGGUAACACCACUCUGAAUAAAGCUGACAAUGUCAGCAAGAACCCAGUGAGAGAGGACGACUUCGAAUCCGACACCGACGUCGACUCUGAAGUGACUGAAGAUGACGUUGAGGGGGCCAAUGACGGCGGACAGAACGAUACCCUUGAGAUAGAGCUUUCCGCUGAAGCAAGAAUGAACCAGGUUGCCAUGGUAGCUGCCGAGCGUGGCGAUGCAGCUGAUCAACCCACCAAUCAUAAUCAGCUUCAGCUCACGGCUCAAAACGGGGAUUCCAUACACAUGGAUAGAUAUGAAACCAAAAAUGAUACGGAAAAUAAGACAAUAGAGAACAGAGAAAAGGUGGAAUAAGCGACGGGCCGGAGGGACUUGAGCAAUGUAUAUAGUAUUGAUAGUAUUUAGUAUGUAUUGAGCAAUGUAUAUGAUAUAGACGUUAAUACACACUCUAAAAAUAAAAAUGAAAUGUUAAAUCAACAAUGGAAUCGAUGGAGGAGUGACAAUUUUUUACGAAUGUUAUAAUAAAUAAAUUUAAGUGUUGUGUCGAACCUUUUAAAGUGGUAAAUACAACAUUUAGAAGAAAAAAAAGUGGCAUUCCUCCAACCUUUGAAUUGUAGUCCUAGCAUUUCAUUCUUAGAGUGCAUACGCCUCAAAUUUGAGCCCUUUGAAUAUUGAGAUUGACAUCUCUAGCAAAUGGAUGUUAUCCUAUCCGUCUGUUGAGGCACACAGCAUUCAUAAGGUAAAAUUAUUCUGCGUAUGAUCCUCAAAUUGACAACCAUCACUAGAUUUUUAUUCCUUUUCAUACUUCGAAAGAAAAGAUAUAACGUGAGUCAUAAUUAAUGAUGGAAGAAUGAAUUUCUGAAAAGUUACAUAUUUGCUUUUUUUAACACAGAUUUGGUUGUUUCAGUUGCGUUACCAAUAUAGAGUGUGUAUGAUAAGCUCAAUUUAAACGACUUUUAUUCAAAAACUUCCCUACAUUCAUUUUGUACUGGGAAUCGUAUCUAUUUUUCAGUCAAUUUUUCUCUUUUUUCAUAUUUAAUUUGUGAUUGCAAUAAGUUCAGGAUAAUAGGAAACUGCAAAUGUGUCUCCUACGCACUGAAAAAACACCGGUGUUGAUUCAACACUAGCCUGAUAUCUAUAUAUAUCAAUCCACACCAGAGAGGUGUUGAAACAACGGUUAAGCAAACUGACACCAAUUUCGCAUUUAAGCAACACCAGUUAGUGUUAAACCAAUAUCGGUUUGAUUCUCAACUGGUGUUGUGGACCGAUAUAUAGACACCGGGCUGAAGAUAUUUAUAUCUAAAUAAAUAGAGUAAAAUUCACAGAGCAAAAGAGUCAUCAAAAUCGGAUAACAAAUAACGAAGUUAUUGAAAUUUUAAAUUUAGCAAUAUUUUGUGAAAAUAGUUAUAUGUACCCCAUCAUGAAUAUUCAUUAGGUGGGCUGAUGAUGUCACAUCCCCACUUUCCUUUUUCUUAUGUUAUUACAUGAAAUCAUAAUUGUUUCAUUUUUAUUACAUGAAAUCAUAAUUGUUUCAUUUUUUCAUACACGUGUAAAUGAUGUGUCUCCAUUAUAAUGAAAUAAGAUGCAGCAAUAAAUAACCAAUGCUAUUAAUCAGUUGUCAAUCAAAUUGUUUUAGUUCUUCGUAGAAAAAAUUUGAAUAAACCUAAUUUCAUAUAAUAAAAUACAAAAGAACAAGUGAGGAUAUGACAUCUUCAGCUUGCACAUUGAAUUUUUCAUGAAGACAUGCCAAGAAUUGUUUCACCGGAAUAAUGCGAGUCUUUAAAGUUCAAUAACUUUGUUAUUUGUUAUCCGAUUUUGAUCAAAUUUUCAGCAUUUUGCUUUGUGAAUUUUACUCUAUUUAUUGAGAUAUGAAUAUCUUCAGCAUGGAGUACAGUCUGAAAUAAUGGGAAGCAUUUCUGCAAAAGAUGCAUGGAACAAUGAAAAAUACUAUCGGAAGAGGAUAGACUUAAAGGGGAAGUUCACCCUGACGAAACGUUUCGCUUGUCAAACUACCUGAAACAAUAAUAAAAGAAAAUAUCGGUGAAGGUUUGAGGAAAAUCCAUGAAAGAUUAAGAAAGUUAUUUGGAUUAUAAGAUUUUGAUUUGUGAUGUCGUCUACGAGCAGCUAUAUCCCAUAAUUAUGAUUAUGUAAUUUAAAAAAAUGCAAAAAUUCAUUUUCUCCAUUCAGGAGCGAGUGUGAAAUACUUUGUCUAUUGACAUACUAAAGGUACGAUAAAACCCAUUUUCAACGUUUAGAGAAAAUGACAUUUUAUUGAUUUUUUUAUUCACGAUACAAUUAAAAUAAAAUCUAAUAACUAUUAAAAUCUUUGAUGGAUUUUCCUCAAACCUUCAUCAAUGUUGUUCAUUAUUUUUUCAAAGUUAUUUUUACAAUAGACUUUUUGGCAGGGUGACCUUCCCCCUUUAUAGAAGUGUAGAAAUAAAGAAUGACGGUGGUGGAAUGAAAAGAAAUUGAUGGAAUUUCGUGGAUGAGUGGGGGGGGGGGGAUGGAAUAUAAAAAUGAGGAUGUGGAAAAGGGCAAGAUAUGAAUGAAAUUAAUGAGGAUCUUAAGGGAGAAGAAAACAUGAACAUUUCGGGGAAACUAGACCGGAUAGGAUGUGGCCAUGAGGACACAGGAUGGUGUGGGUGUAGGAUAUGAGAUGGUGUGUGGUUAUUGGAUAAGGAGGUUGGAUGAAAACAAAUCAGG